AUGGUAUGCUACGGGGUCACUAUGAUAUUGGUGGGGACCCUGGGGGCCCUCAUAGCAGAUGCGUUCCCUCGGGUCACCCCAAAGAAGAGCUGCAGCCUCUCCAAGUACCAGUUCCCUGCACCUUCGGAGUUGAAGGCAGUGCAGAGGAUGAAGGAGCAGUUUGAAGACAUCAUGCUAUUAACAAACCGAAAAUGCAACACCAGACUCUUCCAUCGGAAGUGGAACACGGCUGAGCUGUCGGUACCUGACCGGAUCGCCCUGGUGAAGGCUGAGCUGGACCUCACCAUCACCAUGCUCACAAACCCCACAACGCAGAGGAUGGCUGAGACGUGCCAACAGCCCCUGGCUUUCCUUACCCAAGUCCGGCGGGACCUGCGAGACUGCUUGGCCCUCGAAGCGCCUUCACAUCAGCCCUCUGGGAAACUGAGGCACUGGCUGCAGAAGCUGGAGACAGCCAAGAAGAAGGAGACCGCCGGCUGCCUGGAGGCCUCGGCCAUCCUCCACAUCUUCCAAAUCCUGAACGACCUGCGGUGCGCAGCCCAGCGCGAGGACUGCACUUAGCCCUGCCGCCCCUGAGCACCGGGUGCUCUCACGCUGCUUUAUGGAACUGCUUGGCUGUAUUUUCCUAUUUGUCUCAUUGAUGUGAGCUUAGGGAGCAAUUUUGUAACAGUCUUUUAAAUUAUUGUGGGUUUUGUGGGGGUUUUUUGUACCAUGUAUUUAUAAGUAUUUAAGAUGUAAAGAAAUGCGCUUCUUGAAAGGUACUGCUCAGUGAGGAUGAGCAUCUUUGUAUCUUUGUUUUGCUGGUUUUCAAAACACUGUUUUUAAGAGUUCUAUUUUCUGUACUCGCUAUUUAUUACACACUGUGUUACAUAUAUUUACUUGUAUAGAUAAUUUAUUUUUACAUGCUAUUUAACAUGAAAAAGAAAAUAAAUACGUUAAACUGACAAGCUGCCGUCAUGUUUUCACAAUGUC